GAGGCCGCACCCAGCAGAUUGCAGCCAGGCAAGAUGAGAAGCAUUGGAGUGGCUGUGCUGCUGCUGCUCCUGGGUCUGAAAUGGGCUGAGCCUACCUCCCUCACCAAGGACACCAGCCUGAGCCAAGCUGAGGCCCUGGAUGUGGCCAUCAAUGUCUACAACAACCAAAAGGAGGAGGACCAUGCUUUCCGCAUUCUGGAUGCUCUGCCCCAGGCAGACUGGGACCCAACAUUAUCAAAACCACAGUCACUGUUCUUCACCAUCAAAGAGACAGAGUGCAAGAUAGUGGAGAACCUCAACCUUGACCAGUGUCCCUUCAAGGACAAUGGGCAAGUGAAGAACUGCCGGGUACUCUUCAAGGUUGGUGAGAAAGGCCUCAGCAUGGAGAACAGCUGUGAACCCCUGAGUUCUACAGGGCCUGUGAGAGCACGCAGAGGCCUCAAAAAAGCCUUCAAGAAGAUAAAGAAAAACCUCAAAAAGCUGAUUCCAAAGAAGCCCAUCAUGAUUCCAUUUUCCAAGACGUUCUGAGAUGGCUCCAAGUGCUUACAGCCAAUUCUGCUGACCCUCCUCCUGUGGUCCCCCAUCUUGGUCCCUUCCCAAACCAUCUACCAUGGGCUGCUCUGGCCCAGUCAAAUAAAAAUCUCAGCUCAG